GAGAAUGCUCCCCCCGUUCACUCCCACUGCACUGGACGACGACAACAGCACUGAAUUAGCUGAUGAAUCCUUAUCCUCCUCCUCCACCUCCUCCCCGGCCAUCCCAGUUCCAGUUCCGGUUCUAGUUCCAGUUCCAUGGUCAGAUCAUCAAGUGCCCCCUUCUCUCCCCAGCAGCACCUAUUCCUUCACCUCCAUCUCCAUGCUUGACCCCAACCCCAACCCCACCAAUCAUUAUCAUUAUCAUUAUCAUGGUGGUAACAACAAUGACAAUACUAGGAACAAUGUUGCCACCUAUCCGCCGCCCUUUUAUUACCCUGAAUUCAGCAGCAGCAGCAACAUCCUGGUUAAUCACUUUGACGACUCCUCCUUCCAGGCCUUCUCCAACCUUCACCUGCCGUCUUCUUUCCUCUCCCCCUCCCCCUCCCCCAGUUCCAUGCUACUUCGCCAAAUCAACAACAAUUUCGACAAUGACUUCUUCGAUCUGGCCGGCGACCCCGCUUUCGUCCCUCCCCCUCCUCCUCUCCAACAAUCCAGUCCUCCCAACAUUCUAAUGAGUUUUGAUGCCCUUAUUUCUCAGUUCCAACUCAACUCCGAGCUCCCCACUCGGAUGCUGCUUCCCUUCUCUGAAGAUGGUUACCCUGCCCCUGCCGCUCCCGCUGCCACUGUUGGUGGAAUUCCAACUACCUGCAGUUCUCAUGCCUUGGGUCCGUGCUCCCUGUUUCCUCGCAGUAACACUAACAGGAAACCACUUCAAGGACUGCCGCCGGUCGGCGCACCUCCCCCGCCCACCCUGUUUCAGAAGGGUGCAGCCUCGCAGCAGAGUUUGGGCACUCUUGGCGACGCCUGCUUAACGAGUUUGGAUGAUACGUUGCCGUUGGGAAUGGGAAUGGGAGGAUUCAGAAGCAAGAGGGAGAGGGGGAGAGAGAGAGAGAGGAAUAUAUAUGAAGAUGACGACGAAGUCGGGGGGGAUACUCUAAAUUACGAUUCAGACGACGAUAAAUUAGGGGAGGGAGAGGGUCUCGCUGACGAAGAUGGUGGAGACAUAAACUCGAACCCAAAUAUCAGCACCAGCAAAGGGAAGAGAAAGGGGAUGCCUGCCAAAAAUCUAAUGGCAGAGAGGCGAAGGAGAAAGAAGCUCAACGACAGCCUUUACCUGCUAAGAUCUGUCGUGCCCAAAAUCAGCAAGAUGGACAGAGCUUCAAUACUUGGGGAUGCCAUAGAUUAUCUAAAAGAGUUGUUGCAACGCAUCAAUGAUCUCCAUGAAAAUGAAAUUGAACUUGAAACUCCCCCUCCUCCUCCUUCUCAAACAAGCUGCAGCCUCCAUCACUCCCCUGCUCUCUCUUAUCUCGCAAAGGAAGAGCUCCCUUCCAGCUCAACAACAUCAAGCCCCAAUAACAAGUCUGCAAGGGUGGAGGUAAGACUGAGAGAAGGGAGGGUGGUGAAUAUACAUAUGUUUUGUGGGUGCAGAGCUGCGGAGGGUCUGCCGGUCUCCACCAUGAGGGCCCUGGACAGCCUUGGACUGGACAUUCAGCAAGCAGUCAUCAGUUGUUUCAAUGGCUUUGCUCUGGAUGUGUGCAUGGAAAGGGAAAGGGAAAGGGAAAGGGAAGGAGUGGGGGAGGAUGAUGAAGCGAUGUUGGCAGAAGAGAUCAAAGCGGUGCUUCUGGAAGCAGCAGCAGCUCAGCCAGGCAGCAGUUUCUUCGAUUCUGGAUAUCCUCCAACAAACUAGUGAUUGAUUGAUUGAUUGAUGAUAUUCAUUCAUUAUAUAUAUAUAUAUAUAUAUGCAUGGUAGCGGUAGCUGAAGUUGUGUUGUCACUUGUGACGAGAAAGGAGAAGGGAUGGAUAGGAUCACAGGACCCUUUUGCUUACUACCUAACUAAGAAUUGAAGAUAGAUGAAUUCUUAGGAGAAUGAGCAUGGGGAUACUGAGAGCAUUUUGAUUAUACUAUACUAUACUAUAAUAUACUUAUACUUAGCAACUUGCAACAAAGA